CAUUUUAUUUCUAAGUAUUUCCGAACUCGUCAAAUUAUUCAAAAGUUUUUCUAAAGUCUCUAUACAGCUGUGGGGGAUGUCGUUGGAACUCUUUUUUUUAUUCCAUUAUAUUGAGCUCAGUGAAUAGGACGUUGGAUAAUUUUAAAGACAUAUUGAAGACAUAUUGAAGACAUAUUGAAGACACUGCCUUAUAGUAAAGACACCAGUGUACAGACAGGUCAACAAUGACUUUGUAUGCAAUGUUAUUGUCAUUUUCUCUAAUGUUCUAUGAAGUCAACUCUUCAGUUAUCAGCCCCUGUCCAGCAGCUUGUGUUGGGGAAUCGUACCGAUUACAUUGUCACGGGCGGACCAACUCUAAAGGAAGCGUCAUCCUCUGGAAUCGAAGAGAUAAAGAGAAUCGAAGCACUGAGGACGUUAGCCGCUGCUACCUCAAUUCCACCUGCUCUACUCAGAGUACUUCCCAGUACCACGUGAACACAACGUCCAGCUAUAACGUCCACUUUUCGUACACCUUUGACAGCGUAUUAACAAUUUCAAACGUCACUCAGAACGACAGAGACGCAGUCAUCUCCUGCGGAGUCAUCUACGAGACAUCGCCGCUGUCUGAACCGGACGUUGCAUUGGCCUGCCGACUUCCUGUCUUUGACUUCACCCUACCUCCAUCUUGCCGCGCCUCGCUGGUCAUGCCAGACGUAUCGAUCGUCUGCGACUUUCACAAAGUUCAUCCCAAGGUCAAAUGUGAAUUCGGAUACGAGAAAAACGUUUUUCAACCGGAAGUGCCGGUAGAUUACGUAGUUAACCCAUUGACUCCUGCCUUAUCUGACUAUUAUAACAUAACUUGCAAUGGGAAACUGAAGUUUAAAUCCAGCUAUCAACAGAGCUACUUUAUGAGAUUCAUUCCCAUUUAUGAGUUGGGCAUAAAAGAAGCUGUUGAUAAAGACCAGAGUCGUGUCCAAGAGGUCACCCUGGUUUUGUCUCCCCAAGUGGUCAUCAACAGUCCACCUUACAUUAGCAUUUGCCCACCUAAAUUGACUAGCAAUGUGACUGUUUUCUGCUCGGCUACUUCUUCGUCCCUAGGCGUGACGCUAAACUUAUUCGUUGACAACGUUAAGGUCAUGCCGCAGAAGCCGCCGACACAGAUACUCAGUCAGCUCUAUAUCACAAUGCAGGAAUACAUAUUACAAGUGGAUAAACAUUUCCGAAACAAAUCUCUUGUAUGUCAGCGUAAAGGCCUAUUUAAUGGCACAGCCAAAAUAGAUCUAGCUCUUCCCCCAACGGCCAAUCCUAUGUUUGUGUCUGAGGAAGGUAAAAGAAUCAAUCACAUAACUGUCAAUCCAGACGAUUUCAAUAUUUCCAUCAAGUGUCUGGUCAACGAUGGCGUUCCAUUGGUCUCUAACAUUUCUGUCGUCUGCUAUUUUGUGAACAGAACCUGGCACCGCGACGUUCACAACUCUUCACAUUUCGUCGUUUUCACAGCUAACGGAAAAUCUAUCCCUUUCGGAUCUAACUGCAUUUGCUCGGCUCAUCAUGUUUCUGGAUGCUAUACCAAAAAAGCAUUACUUAUCAUUUCUGUCAACGGAACUUAUGACAACUAUGCUCAGUCCGAAGAAAAGCUUCACUUUACAAUUACUCUAUCUAUAGUUUUAGCAUUUGUUGUCCUCAUCCUCGUUUCCUUCUUCAUUGCCAUGUCCGUAUUUUUUUGUCGAAAUCGGGACGCUAUUUCUUAUUAUCAAGAACAUUAUAUCAGAAAGACUUAUGACGUAUUCAGCGACGCUAUAGAAUCCGAAAAUUAUACAAAUAUAACAGAAACCUCUUUAGACCGCAGGAGAAGUUUACCCGUCAAUGAUUCAGAAUCUUUUGGAAAUUUGUACAGAAAUCUGAAUAGCUACGAAAAUAUGUAUUUAUCAAACCUGUCAAUUUCUUCCAUAGCAAUCAUGUAUUCCCCUCCGCUGCCACAAAGAACGAAAUUAUGCUCAGGUAAGGAUUUAAACGUAGUUUCGGAAAACUCUGAGGAUAUUAAUGGGGACCCACCGAAACAUUCUUCAGAAGAAAAUGUCACGGAAAUGCCAAAAAUUGAAGAUAAUAAUAAGUCUGGAAUCAGACUUGAGGAAAGCGUGCUGGUUACGCCGGAAGUGAUGUCAUUACAAACAUUGACAAAAACAAACUCGAGUGUUGAGAAAGACUUUGAUGUUGGACGAAAUAAUCAUUUUAUUUCAAACCAUAAAAACAACAAAUACUCAUUGAAUAAUUCUUUUUUUGAUAGCCCAUCCUCAUCAUUCGAUGAUGUGAACGAAGAAAUGUGUCCUUGCUGUGAAACAAAAUUUGAUUUCGAAAAUUUGAAGACGUAUUAUUCGGAUGAACAUAGGUCAUCUCGGAACAUCUCGGAAAUGAAAAAAAGAAAAAGAAGAGAGAUACGCAGAGAUACGAGAUUUGGUGUCAGAAAAAGAGAAUACAUGCUGACCUCGUCAGUAGAGACGUUAUCUCGAAGUUCAAAAAAGAAAAGAGAACGUGUUUUGACCUCGUCAGAAGAGACGUUAGCUCAGACUUUCAAAAACUCAAGAAGACGUCGUCGGACCUUGCCAGAAGAGUUGUUAGCUCAAACGUUAAAAAACAGUCGGUCAAAUCGUGAAAAGGACUUCUUCAUCAGACACUGUUCACAUCGUGGCCAGAAACAACGCAGCGAGAAACGUCCACCAACACAGACUUUGGGUCUAGAAAACUCCUCGCUUUCGUCAUUUCCUGCACACUCUGGGCGAUGCCGCGUUUGUAAAGCAGAAAUAAACAACUGUAGCGAAACGUCUGCUAUAAGAAACUAUUCUAAUCAUGCACCCUCCAAAAAACAAAUAUUGGCUGAAAAAACUGGCAGAAGUGUAGUAUGUACAUUUAAUACUCGGUCAGAAGAGAUCGCUUGCCGAGCUUUAGAUAGAAGAGAGGCUGUUGAUGAGAACGCCUUCGAUGAUACGCCAAGAUAUUCCAAGAAAACAUUGUUGAGCGGACAUAAAAACUUUGAAAGAACUGACGGACGAGUCGUCUCCCCAGCCCCAAUGAAAGGUGAUGGGUUGAAGUCGUCAGGGGAGAGAACAUUUAACUGUGGAAAAGGAACAAGGUCACGUCGUAAGGAUGGGAAUAUGUCUGAAGACCUUUCUGAUAAGGAUACUGGCAGCGAGACUGAGGACCAUGGCGUAAUCUAUUUAAUAAACACAAUCAAUCCUUCUUCCGAAGAUGGCUUUUAAUAAUAAUAAUAAUAAUAAUCGUUAUUAUCCGUAAGGAAAUUUGUCUUACAAUUUGUGCAUUACACCAAACAAAAAACAUUAUAACUAUAAGAAACCAAAGUGUACUUUCACACCAGACUCACUCAUAAUUUACAUGUGACAAAGUUUAUAUCAGAUUGUUCUUAUUUAAUGAUUUGAUUGCCAGGGGAACAAAAGAGUGUUUGUAUCUGUUUGUCUUUGCUAUCGGUGUCUUGUAUCUCUUUUGUGAUGGUAAAAUCACAAAAUCCUGACACAAAGGGUGAUUCUUUAUUUCGAGGAUCUUGUUAGCUUUUUUUAGAGAUGUAUGUCUUAAACAACUGCCCAAAUGGGGUUUGUUUUUUGCCAAUGAUUUUGCCAGCAGCAUUUAGGAUAACCUGUACAUCAUCUACACUAUAGAUCGCAGGGUCUGAAAGGAAACUUAUUUUUUUUUACUUUAGGAAAUGAUUUUCUGUUUCCAAAAUGCUUUGGUAUAAUAAAUGCCUUUUAAAAGCUCCGAAUACAGAACAUAUAUAUAUAAAUAUAUAUAAACAUAUAUAUAUAAAUAUAUAUAUAUAUAUAUAUAUAUAUAUAUAUAUAUAUAUAUAUAUAUAUAUAUAUAUAUAUGUGUGUGUGUGUGUGUGUAUGUAUAUAUAUAUAUAUAUGUUUGUAUGUGUGUGUCUGUGUGUGUGUGUGUGCGUGCGUGCGUUUGUGUGUUAGUGUAGUAAAUACAAAGAGAGAGAGAAAAAAACGCCCCGCUGCAAAAAAGAAAAAAAAACCUCCCCGAAAAUAAAAAUAAAACCUGGAUACGCCCAUGAGAUAUAUACAUAAUUCGUCCAUCGUGGUUCGAUGAUGACCACUUUAGUCAUCCAGUGGCUAAGGGUUUUUAAACUGAGGUUUUGUGUCUCCUCAUGUGGGUGGUGAGACCUAUGUGAGCCCGGAAUUUUCGGCUGCACACUGGGCAGGUUAUUCCAGCUGGAGCUAGUGUCAUUGGCCUUGUCUUUCUUCUCUGCCACUUUUCUUCUACCAGCGCUGUUCUCUUUUCCUCAGCAAUUUGUGCGCUGUCUCUCUGUUGGCUGGGCCAAUGCUGAACGCUUUCAGAGAAGCUUUGAGGGUGUCCCUAAAGCGAACUAGUAAUAUAUUGUUGUAACUCCAGUGGCGGACUGAAAGGGUUAAUGUGUGUGCGGCCUACUGAUACACACGACUCAGGCCAUUCACACAGGUCAACGGGUCAACGGCUGUCGAUAGACAAGGGACAGUACAGCUAAUAACGGCAAGUAUGACCUGCGUUGUGGUCAUGUGAUCAAGAGCCUUCACGGUCGAGAGACAGUGUGUUAAAAAGGACAGUUGAGUCCAGGACAACUAAGCAGUAAGGACUUGUGGUACCUUUGAGUCCUCGAGAAUGUAGCUGUACGAGCUAGAGAGACUUGUAGUGUUAGUUAGGCAGUUCUGUUAAGUACAAGAAAGCAUUUGAAUUUAAUGUAGCCAAUUGUGUUUAUUGGCUGUUGAUGUAAUUGUCAUUAAACCGCCACCUUGUUUAUUGAAGCUCUUGUUGUCAAGUUCUUGUGU